AUCACACAUACACACAUACACACAGACAGACACAUAGCGACGACAUCCAUUUUCUAGGGUGCACAUUACUAUUCAUACAAUGCAGCCGCAGCGUCAGUCACAGGCGUCCACAGAUGUUGCUAAGAGAGCAUCUCAGUGAGCUAGCAGAAGGAUUGGAGCGGAACAUUGGUGAUGUCUUCUCACCAAGUUGAUUUUGGAUUCUAUUUUUACUCCUAUAUUUGGUGGUUGCAAUGUCGCCAACUCUCAGGCUGAUGUUUAUGUAUGUACUGUUCCUCUGCUGUUUGUCUCCCUGCGCGGCAGACCUAUGCAACUGGAGUGGAAGUGGUUUGGCGCGCGAGGCUGAGGCGAACUCGCGGACUGUGCAGCAGGUGCGGCUGCGUUGCACGGAGGGUUCGGUGGAGUGGGUCUACCCGGGCCAGGCGCUUCGGGUCGUCCUGGAACCCAACCUGUCCUCUGCGCGCCACACAACGGUCUGUAUCAAACCGUUCCGCAGCUUCAACGGCGCCAGCGUCUACAUCGAGCGGGCUGGGGAACUGGACCUGUUGAUGACGGAUGGAGGGCGGCCGGAGCAGGUGUUCUGUUUCCCGGCGGACGGACCUCAGAAGCCAGCCAUCUUCCUCCUGGCGAACCCGCAGAGGGAUAUCAGCCAACGCGCAGUAGGCUUCAGAUAUGAGUUGCUGGGCAAUCGGACCACUACGCCCAACCUCGGCCAAAGUGUGUUGCAGGCUAGCUGCCGACCCUGCAAUGACACAGAGCUCCUCCUGGCCAUCUGCAGCAGUGACUUUGUGGUUCGCGGCUCCAUCAGGAACGUAUCCCACAAUGCUGAGCGGCAGACAUCGUUGGUGGAGGUCUCAGAGGGGAGGGUGUACCGGCAGCGUAGCGGGGUGUUCGAGCGCCACACUGGCACCAUAGGGGUUCCCGGUUCCAGUUCCUCAUGGCGCGGUCACAUCCACACACUGUUACAGUGUCACGUAAAGCCUGGGGGCGGAGAGUUCCUUUUCACAGGGACAGAACACUUUGGGGAGGCCUGGCUGGGUUGUGCCCCCCGCUAUAAAGACUUCAUGUCCCUCUACCAAUCAGCUUGGGCGGCUCGUCAGAACCCCUGUGAGUUCCCGCUGGACUGAGGGUGUGUCCCAUUUCCUAGUGGUAAUCCAUGAGCCCUUUGACCUAUAGGUAGGGUUUAUUUUCUUAAAUGGAACACAUUGAGUCUCUUCUUUCUACCCCAGUUGGCAUGGUAGAGGUUAUGUCGCCGUGGCAGCAAGCGAGCGAGAUGAGUUCCUCACGACCACAGCGAUUUGAGAGAUGUUGUCCCUUCUACUCCUCCUGAUUCUAUACCGCUCACAACACCAGCAGGGACAAAUCUGUUGGAGCACUUGUAGAGCACAAGGAGUACAAGGCCCAGGGCAGGGGCCCACAGGGGACCCAUCCAGGCAGCACUAGAGGGGCCACCCCUGCCCCUGCCGGCCCCAGCGGGGAAAGGCUUAGAGAGCCUGGCCCUUUGUCUGUCUCUCUUCUCAACGCCCACAGCUCCCAGAGACUAAAAAUGGUUUGACUACUGCUUCACGCUUUGUCUCUCCCCACACCAACUGCUGCUCACUUCAGGGUCUCGGCGUGAGAGGUGUCCUCUGGACUACUGUGGCAGGAAAUCAUAUGAAUUUAAUGUCUGAUUGUUGUUAGAGGGUUUAUGUGGUCUUGUUUAUUCCUUUGUACGAUAGGUUUUGAAAUAUUUUAUUGUAAUGUAAAUUAAAUGUUUUGUAAAUUCACAAGGAUUUGCUUAUUUACAUAUUGAUUGUAUCAUUUUGGUUUUAUUACAGGGUAUGGAUGAUGCUAAUGUGUAGGUGCAAACCUUCAGUUUGAUUACCAUUUAUUGCCAAAUAUAUAAGCAAUGUUUGUGGGGAUUUCUUGUGUACUUUUUUUGAUUGACUUGAAAUGCACUUUCAAGCAAUUACUUAAACUUUUGAACAAGAUAUUUAUUUUGUUCUUCAUAACAGUCUUUAUUGUGGUUCUUGAGCAUUCUGGGAAAAUAUUUGUUGAAAAUAGCUCCUCCUGUAGGAAAUAAUGAUCAUGAAUGUUUGCAUUACAAUUUUCUGCAACACAUUUAAAUGACAAAAAACAUCUAUUGCACUAUUGUAUCUAUUGUCUAUUAAAAUAAUGAUGUUACA